AUGUAUGAGGUCACACGUGGUGGUGACAGUCUUUUUGGAUACCCAAACUUUGGAAGUCAGACUGUUGAUGACCCGAGUCUGUGUGAUGAAAACGAAGUGGCUGCUCAGACGACCACUUCUGAGCAUGCCCAACUGCUCGGUGAGAGUGAUUGGGUUGCCUGUGGACGCCGGAUACGAAAACAAGCCUCGAAACAGGGUAAAACUCAGGGAGCCAGCAGUAUAGUCCUUGAUCCCAGCUGUGGAAUUACGUGCUCGGAGUUCGGGACAGAUGUGGGCACUAUCGAGUUACCGCUUCAGUUGUGUGACCCAAUGCGUCGUAAGAGGAACGCCCUUAAACCGUCACUAACCCCUGGUGCAGGAACCCGAAGGACAGUUCGAAGACGAAAACGUAAGUAUCGCUUACCGUAA